CAGCCACCAGAUGACAGCACCUCAAUCGCCUGCAACUCGUAUUGUUGGUCUUGCCCAUUGUUGAUAAUGCGACCCGUUGCUAGGCAUAAUAAAUAAACGACAAAUAUUUGUUUUGUUGCAGUCAGAAGAAGCAUAGACGUGCAAAGUCUAGAUUAAUAGAAAAAUGAUUGCGAGUACAACGAAUUAUAAUGUGAAAGAACAAGAACCUGCAGCUGAAGACAUUCAAUUUCGCGGUAUGGAGCGUUUUUCUGCAAUGGGUAUUUAUGGAAUGAAACAGUAUUUACUUGCAAUUUUAUCACCUAACAAGAAUGGGACCAUAUUGGAUGACAUAAAAUUCAUCCUGUACUUAAUCUUCCUCUUCGUACUGAUAAUAGUAACAUUGGGGAAUCCACCCAUGUGGUAUUGGUGCAAAAACCAUCUUAAUGAUUCGUUUAUGGAUGCUAGGUUUCAUGAUUGUGUUGCAGAAAGAACCUUCAAAAACUUAUCAACCAUAACUCAAUUCUGGAAGUUCGCAGAAACUGUAAUGAUCGACAGUAUAUACGGGAAAUCCGAAAAUGAUACACAUCAAGCAUUUGUGUUGCAAGAUAGUAAGCUGGUUGGAGUACCACGCCUACGACAGGUGAGAGUGAGAAAUGAUUCGUGCGUAGUACGUCAAUCAUUAAAUCGAUCAAUCGAACUAUGUUAUGAACCAUAUUCACAUGCGUACGAAGACACAAAACCAUUUUGGCCAGGAAACGGAACAGCGUGGACUUAUUCCACUGCAGAAGAACUGGGUGGUUCCAGUUAUCGGGGAAGAUUCUCAAAGUAUGGAGGCGGAGGAUAUUAUGAAGAUCUGUCACUCAACCGUAGCGAAGCCAUUGAGAAAUUGCUAACCUUGAAGAACAAUCAAUGGAUUACAGGAAGAACAAGAGCCAUUUUCCUUGACCUAAUGGUCUAUAAUGCAAAUAACGAUGCUAUCUUCAUUGUGAAGCUUGUUUUUGAGAACAUACCAAGACGAGGAAUCUACACACAUUACUUCCGCAGGACAGUGCGGCUCCAUCAGCUUGUGACCGCUUAUCACUACUUUGUCGCAGUCUGUGAAUGCAUGUUCGUAGCAUUCAUAUUUUACUACACCAUAAUAUUGAUAGUGGUCUUAAAGUGGGAACACGUGGAUAGUGUAUUUGAUGUUGUUGGUCUGCCCAUUCUUCUGGGUUAUGGCUAUGGUGUUAUAUGCUUCAGAAUCUAUGGCUAUGUGGUUAUUGAACCACAAAUACUUCAAAAUAUUUCAGAGGAGAAGUUGGGAAACUUUGAAUCAUUUUGUUUUUUUCAAAACCUUUACAACAUUCUUGAAUCUGUUUUUCUGAUGAAUGUAGUAUGGCCCCAACUUUGCAAAUACACCAGUUUCAAACACGCCUCGUCGCUUUUCAAGCACUGGAAGGAGAUUACUGCAGUUUCAGUUGUCAUCAUCUUUAUUUUUGUCAUAUGUCUUCAUGUCAUGAACUGCCGUUAUUGUAAUUAUCAGUUUUAGUUGUCCCAUUAAUUUGCCAUGGAUUUCUUGAUAUAGUACCCACCCGGAGAUCCGAAUGUAGGUAAGUUUUGUCUCCAGAAUCCUUCUUCUCAGGACUUUUUUCCGUCAGUUCCGUUGAACUAGGGUUAUCACAGGGAUCUUUAAUGUGAUGGUUUCCCGUUGUCGUCCACAUCCUAUGCCCUUGUCCAUGUCUGGUUCAUCCGCCUUUGGGGGUGAUUUCUCAACCCCGGGGACAAGAGGGUGUCCCUACUCUAUCAUGCAAAUGUUGCCAAGAUUUUGUUUUUGUAAAAUGUAAAACAGCAACACGGCAGUUGUAUAAACAUUUCUCUUCAGCUUUACGUUUCACAGCGACAACUAUGAACAAGUUGAGCUACGCAUGUGUAAUUUGGUAUAAAGACAGAUCCUAAAGAUCCCUACAAACUAAGCAUGGGUAUUACUCGUAAAUAGAAACAACUAGAAAUGUUGCCGACAAAUUCAUCGUAGAUAGAAUCUGUGUACCCGAUAAAUAGGCCCAUAAAAUAUUAUAAUAAUGCUCUGUGACACAUUGAAAUUGCAAGCAAUAAUAAAAAUGUGACCAGAAUAAUAUUAAAUGGUAUGACAUUCUAUGCACUAGAGAACGCUAACUCAUGAGCUACACAUCACUGUAGUAGGUAGUGCACAAGAACAAUUAUUAUUGUCGGAUAUAACUGA